AUGAAAGCGAUCUUACAAAGAGUGACAUCUGCCUCGGUUACUGUUGAUAAACAGCUUGUUUCGUCGAUUGGCCGUGGAGUGCUGGUGUUUGCCGCCGUCGGGCCAGAUGAUACCCAGAAAGAUGCAGAUACCCUAGCGGCCAAGCUGUUGAAGCUGAAGAUGUGGCCCGAUGAAACCGGGGCAAAUGUACCUAUCCUCCUCUCAUCCCUAUUUGGUUAUUUCCAGUGGAAGAAGAACGUGCAAGACAUCCAGGGGGAGGUCCUCUGCGUGUCACAAUUCACGCUGCUUGCUACUUUGAAAAAAGGCAACAAGCCUGACUUCCACAAAGCGGCAGAUCCUAAGACGGCUCGAGAGCUGUAUGAGUACUUCCACUCAAAGGUGCAGAACCUGUACACUGCAGAGCGGGUUAAGGACGGAGUUUUCCAAGCCAUGAUGGAGGUCACGCUGGAGAUCGACACGAAUCCAGCAAAGAAGGAAGACAACGCCAGUGCCAGUGCCAGUGCCAGUGCUAGUGCAAGCACCAGCUAG